UCCGCGCCCGGCCGCGGCGGCCGUGCCCGUGCCCGCCAUGGCUGACAGCGCAGAGCCCGCGGCUCCCGCCGCCGCUCCCGCCGCGGCUCCGGACGCGGGUCCCGGCGCGGCCCCGCCGGGCUCGCCGGUGCAGGAGCGGCGGGCGGGCGGCUCCCCCGGCGCGGGCGCGGCCAUGCCGCGGCUACCGCUGGGCGGCCAGGGCGGGGCGGCGGGAAUGUCGCUGCCGCGGCUGGAGAAGCCGAUCAAGCAGGCCUUCUACAACACCGGGGCGCUGCUGUUCGCGGGGCUGUGUUGCGGCGCCGCCGUCCUCGUGUACUUCAUCCUGGAGGCGUUCCUGCGGCCGCUGCUUUGGGCCGUGCUCUGCGGAACCUUCCUGCACCCCUUCAAGACCUCGCUGACGGCGCUGGGGCGGCGCUGGCUGGGCCGCCUGCACCGCUCCCGCACGCCGGUGCUGCUGGCCGCCCUCCUGCUGCCCAUCUGCUUCGCCAACUACGGCGUGGAGGCGCUGGGCGAGCAGGUGCUGCGGCGGCGGCGGCUCCUGCUGCUGCUGGGCGCCGGGGGCCCGCUGCUCUACGGGCUCUACUGCCUGGGCAGCUCGCUGGGCGUGCAGGUGCUGCUGGCACAGGCCGCCCGCAUCAUCUGCCAGGGGCUCGACUACUUCAGCAGCCAGUGGAUAUGGACACUGGUAGUUGGUUACCUGCUGAUGGUUUCAUUCAAGUGGAAUAUAAGCACUGAGCGUUACUUAAAAGCAGUCUCUGUUCCUGUCUGGAUUAUGCUGCUCUUUCACUUAGCUUCUGUGGCAGGUUCCUGGAGAAUUCCUGUGUUUCUGGUUAUAGUUGUUCUGAUGACAGUAGGCAUGUUGCAUGAACAGCAGAAUGGAAAGGAGUCUUCUGGAGCUGAGCUUCCUGGUCAGAUGAUUUCCAUUGCUGCUUCAACAAUUGCCAUGGCAAUUUCAAUGACAGAAGAUGAGUCCAAUAAUGAACAUUCCUCCCAACCCUCAGGAUCAACAGCAGAAAGUGAUCAGCCUCCACCUCCACGAGCUUCAUCAUCUUUUGGCACCUCCUCUUCAUCAUCUUCUGGGAAUAGACAAAGAACUGAGAUUGGAUCUUUUCUUAGGAAGAAGAAAACUAGUGAUAUUUACUUUGUUACUCUUGUGUGGGCCAUUGUCAUUGUUCAGAUCUGGCUAAAUUUUUGGAUUGUGCAGCUGUUGCCAGUGCCAUUUGCAGUUUGGGCACUUAAAAAAUUCGUGGUUCAUUUUGGAGUUUUGAACUUCAUGGCAAAGCACUGCAAAAGUUGGUGGCAGCUGGUUGAAAAUUUUGUGAAGGAACGUCAGGAAGCUCUUGCUCCACGGCCCAUCAGAGGACUUGGAAGUGUUAUGCUAAAGCUUGACAGUAAGCUGUGGCACUGGCUUAAUAAGAAGAUUAUCGUGUGGCUGGAGAAAAUGCUAGAUAAAAUAAUCAGCAUUUUCAUAAUAUUUGUGCUGGUGAUAGGAACCCUUCUGCUAGCUCUUCUCCUUACUGCAAAGGUGCAUCAAGAGAGCGUUCACAUGAUUCAAGUCACAAGCAGCUUGAUCAAUGAGACAGUAGCCAGUCACCCAGAGUGGGCAAACUGGCUCCCAGAGGCCCAGGUCAUUCAGAAGGCGCUCAAUUCUGCAGCCAACAACGUAUACCAGUAUGGCCGAGAAUGGAUCACACACAAGCUCCAUAAGAUUUUAGGAGAAAAAGUAAAUAACACUGCUGUGAUUGAAAAACAAGUGCUGGAGCUCUGGGACAGGCUUUAUCACUCUUGGUUUGUGAAGAAUGUAACGCAUUCUGGAAGACACAAAGGACACAAGUGGCACAUAAACCGUCAGCACAGCUGGCUUGGAGAUAUUCUGGACUGGCAAGAUGUUGCAUCAUUUGUUCAUGAUAACAUCGAAACGUUUCUCUCAAUCCUGGAGUCUCUGUGGAUAGUGAUGAGUCGCAAUGUGAGCCUCUUGUUUACUACGGUUACAGCAUUAGUGACAAUCCUCUUCCACAGUGGGACAGCUCUUCUCAAUUUUGUGCUUUCUGUGGUGAUUUUUCUGACCACAUUGUUCUACCUGUUGAGCUCCAGUGAUGAAUAUUACAAGCCAGUAAAAUGGGUGAUAAGCCUGACACCUUUGUCUCAGCCAGGGCCCUCCUCAAAUAUAGUUGGCCAAUCUGUGGAGGAAGCAAUAAGAGGUGUGUUUGAUGCUUCCCUCAAAAUGGCUGGGUUCUAUGGACUCUACACUUGGCUGACUCACACUAUAUUUGGGAUUAACAUAGUCUUCAUACCAUCUGCAUUAGCAGCAAUCCUUGGAGCAGUGCCAUUUCUGGGGACGUACUGGGCAGCAGUCCCUGCAGUCCUAGAUUUGUGGCUUGUGCAAGGACAGGGAUGCAAAGCCCUUCUGCUCUUGGUUUUUCACCUCUUGCCAACCUAUUUUGUAGAUACAGCAAUUUAUUCAGAUAUAUCAGGAGGGGGUCACCCUUACCUGACAGGCCUUGCAGUAGCUGGUGGAGCAUAUUACCUGGGACUGGAAGGGGCCAUCAUAGGACCAAUUCUCCUUUGUAUACUUGUGGUUGCUUCCAAUAUAUAUAGUGCCAUGUUGGUGAGUCCAACGAAUUCUGUGCCCACUCCAUCGCAGGCAGCGUGGCCUUUGCAGAUUUACCGGUCACCUAGAGAGAGCCCUGAGGAGAAGAUGUCUGCAGAGUGAGGGAGGUGCUGGGCUGUACCCCUGCAACAUGAGGGAACCACUGUCUUCUGUCUUGGGUUCACAACAGCCAUGGAUGGCCUUCUGUCCCUUCCCAGCUGUGCCUGGGGGCAGCUCACAGGGAAGCAUAGAUUGGGUUUUAAGAGAAAGCACUGGCCUUACAUUAUUUUGCACUUUGCCUCUUCAGAGAGAAUGUCUGCUUCCCAUAGCUUUGCAUACCAACACACAGUCAGCUGCCUUGUUGAAGACUUUGAAGACCUUCUGUCUUAGCAAAAGAAUAGUUAAGAGGACAGGUACAUCCACUGGAGUCGUUAUCUUAUCUCCUGAAAUUACUAACUUGGCUUUUAUUUAUUGGAUUAUUUGUCUUAUUAAACUGUAGUAGCUUUAAAGAAAGCUGUAAUUCCAAAAUAUUUAUUUUUAGGCAAUCUGGUGGCAAAAGAAGGGCAAACCACUCAUUGUGAAAUGAAAGUAUAAUGUAAUAGUUUGCUUCUCCUCAAGUUGUUUCUUUAUAAGCUUCAACCAUCAUCUGUAACUCAUAAUAACACUUAAAUAUUAUUCACUUACACGCACUGAAAUUUAAUGUUGUUGGAGACUGGUAUUUUAAAAAUCUUCCUGAUAUUUAUAGAAAUGCAAACUGUUAAAUGUGAAUUUUCCUCUUACUGACAUAGGAAGACUUGUUUAAAUAGUUUAAGUCUUACCCCCAUUUUCAGCAAAAUCUGAUAAUAUUUUGCUGUUUAUGCACCCUCCCAGUGGAGUCAUCUUGUCAAGUAAAUUUAAUCAAAGGCCUUAAGUGUUUUCAGACAGUAGUAAUGUAGGAUGGUCACAUGUCCUUCCAGUAAUUGGAAGAAGUUUCAUGGGGAUUGUUUAAUGUUGGUUUUCAAAUGCUGUGGCUAGUUUCAUUCACUUUUUAAACAAAUUUUAGUACCAGAAAGAAAGGGGAGAGAACAUAGAUUUUGGUUUAGCUUAUUUGGGGCUUUUUAACCCUGUAAAGCAGCUGGCCACAUAUCUUGCUCAGAUAUAGGAUAUAUCUAUAUAUAUUAAGGUGCAUCUUAUUAAUAAGCAAAGAUCUUGAAUAUGUAAUUUUACUUAAAAUGCGGCUUUGGUGACAUUUAAGGCCUUUUGUAUUGAUUGUCAAAGCAUUUUGACACAAUGGAUCUUUACAAAUGGAUCCUUUUUGUAAAUGAGAAGUGGGGUUUUGGUAAAUAUUUCAUACUUGCACAGCUUUUCUGCAAAUCCAGUGAGGCCCUAGUACAAAGUAGCAGAUGCACUUGCUUAACCAAAGAACCACCAUUCAGUUUCCAGUAACUCGAAUUGAUUUCAGAGUUUGAUUGAUAAUGAGUUGUACAAAAUAUAGGCAUGCCUUGUAUUUAUUGUUGACUGUAAUUCAGUGCUUGAAACAAAGAGAUCUUAUCCAGGGAUAAGGAUAUCUAAGAUAUGUGCACAAACAACUUGCAGAUGUUUUACGUGAGUUCUAGGAGUGCUGACAAAUUUGGAAGGUUCUUUCUAUGAUAUUGUAUGUAUUUUUACAUUGUUUUGAAAAAUACAUUGCUAUGGAAGGUGAUUGGAAAGCACUCUGGUACUGAGUAAAGAAGAAAGUCCUGCUGUAUGUUUGCAAUAAAUAGGCUGCCUAACAAGACACAAAUACUCUGCUCCUCAGAUUUUCAAAAUAAGCUGCUGCAAUUUUACUGAUAAAAUUGUAUGUUUUAAAUGAGAGGGGUUACGUAUGCUGUUUGUGCACACUUGCAGGUAUGUGUUUGAGGGACAGACUUGAGCUUAAUUUAGUAGGACGACUCAGGUUUAUCAAAACAUGGAAACAUACCAUUUAAUAUUUUAAAUUCUGAAAGAUCUACAGAUCAUUAAGUGAAUAAGAAGAAUGUGUUGGUUGAAUCAAGUAUCUGUUUCAUCUCCUUGGUUUUGUGGCUUAUGAAAAAGCUUAAGUGAAACACACUUUUGUAAUUGUUGGUGUCUAGGGUGAAGGAUGUGGGGAAACCUCAGGCUUUACUAAAAUACUCCUGCAACUUUCUAACCAGGUGGAAUGAGACCACCAUGAUAUUUAGGCAACUUCUUUAUUGUAUUACUUUUUUUUAAUUCACAGUUUUGCACUGAAUUGUUGUGUUCUUGUUGUAGCUUCUUGUAGACAGCAUUGAAAGUACCUCUUUGCUCACUGGUCAAGAAAUGUUUAUUGUCCACAUUUGCUAUCCCAUUUUCUGAGACAAUCUUUCAUACUCCUGUGGUACUCGACUUGGUCAUUUUAGAGUCAUUAAAAUGCAUUAUUUUGUUUGGUGUUAAGUUUUCUUCUUCCCCUUCAACCAAUUGCCUUUGAUCAAAGAAGGGUCUUUGCUGUGAAAAUUAAAACCGUGAUUGAGACACCGUUAACUUCAGUAAUGCAAAUGAGUAAAAUCACCUGGGAAGACACAUUGCUGUUUUGAAAUGUUCCUUUUCCAUCGUGGAAUCCUUUUAUACAGAGAAUUCACAUCUGAUGGAAUGUUGUUUAGUUUGUCCUCCUUUGAAAUGAGGCUUCAUUUUGAUGCUUUCUGUUUCAAAUUCAGCUCAGACUUGCCAUGAAGAACCAUCCAUAGUACAUGUAGUAAAUGUAGUCAGUAAAUGUAGCUUCAGGAGCUCAUGCUGUCUGCUGUACUUGAUUGAGGAACCAACUAUAUGGUUCAGUAAUGGUGCAGUAACAUAUACAACCAAAAAGAAAAGAAAAAUAAAGAACAAAACUUCCAAUAACAUCUUCUUGGAAUAGGAAGUAAUCACUGAUUUUCACCAUGUUUAGGAAAAAAACCACAAAAAUCCCCAAAACCACAAAAUACCACCUUAUGAAAGAGCAUACUUUGAUUAUUUUGGGUUUCGUGUUUAGCAAGUGUCUAAUUACCAGCAGAAAUAGAAGAACUUGUCAUUGAGUAUUUAGCAAUCUAUAUUAUUUUCUGAGCAGACUCAGCCUUUGUAGGAAUGGUUUAGUAUAGAUCAGUCUUGAAAAUAAUCAAACUGGUCAUUUUGACAUCUGGUCUUUGAAAAGUGCCAGUUCAUGGUUGUAUUGCCUCAUCUGCAAAAACAACCAGCAGUUCGGUGGGAUAAGAUUUUAGUACAUGUAUUGUAGCUUUCAAAAAAACCAGCUGAACUCCUUGCUCCAAGAUCCCACAACAACAACCACCCAACCAAUAAAAAAAGCCCCACUACUCUCUGCAGUGUGUUUUUUUAGGGGAGCCAUCUUUUCUGCUUGCUUGGAGGCAAGAAGUUGAUGCUCUUUAGCUUUACUGUAAACAGUCAUUCCAGGAGCAGGUACUUAGUAAGUGUAUUUAGUACAUUUAGUGUUGAAUAAUUUAGAGUUCAGAAGGGAAUGCUCAUAGUAAUGCAAGACAAUGUGGUCUUAAGGUAUUGUGAAAUUCAGCUGUGGUGGUUUUUAUCGUUCUCCUUGGGGAAUUGCAAUCAAGUGUGGUGCCAAAGGGCUGGUGCUGUUUCUGGCACUCGAGUCUGAGUUAGCCUUUCCUUGCUGUACCUUGGCUGAGCACUGCUGUAGCAGAGCUGGCACAGCUGACUGUGUCACGUUAGCUUCAGGUCACUGUACAUACCAGCUUAAUUGGAUCCAUCAAGGAGCAGACUGCAAUGGGCAAGAACCUGGCACACGUUCAUUUUGCCAGCCUUACUACAAUGUGGUGGCUUUCAGCACAGGUGCACCAUGACCAAUUGGGAGCAGAAAUAACUUAUUUUGAAAGGCUGCUUAAAAAGAAACAGUUUAACAUUAUAAUAAUACGUAUGAUGCACAUUUUUCAGAAGGUGAGUUGAUACCCACAUGUUAUUUCUAUGCAGAGAUAUGUGCACAUGUGUAUGUGCAGGUACACUUCUGCUUGUCUGAUUUCAAGCUCUAUGGGGCUUCUCUUAAAAACACAGGGGAGGAGGAUAUACUUCAUGUAUAUUUUGUCAGAGAUUAUUGGAAUAGGAAAUCCAUAAUCUGUUUAGUUAAAAUAAGAAAAAAGCAUUGUUCAGGGGAAGUUAGAUGCCGUCUCCAGUAUUUUCCAUUAUGGUUAUAGGCAUAACUUUUGAAACAGGUGUAUACUGCAGUGUUCAACAUUGUUUUUCAGAAAGCCUGAAUAAACAAAACUGGAUGAAAUUGUUCUCCAGUAAAAGCAGCAGCUGAAUUGUGUUUGCUCUGCUGCUGAUCCCUAGUACUAGGAAUACUGCAGUGUAGCCUUUCCUUGGACCUGAUCCACUGAGGAUGGAAAAAUGCCAUUAUUCUACUGAGAUUCCAUAGCUUUGCAUCAUUGGUAGUGGGUGUUUCCACAGCUGCCUUUAUUCAAACAUUGUGUGUAUAUUAUAUUGACUUUAAUAUAAUAUAAACACAAUUUAUAUUGUACAUUAUAUUGUAAAUUAUACAAUUUAUAUUAAAGUCUGUGGAUGGUGCCACCUUAAUGGAUGCUACCUCUGGAAGUGGCUGUGAUUUCCUUUGAAGGUGCUGAAGGGUGCUGGGGUUAGAGGUAGCAUUCAUUAGGUUUAAUAGCAGAGGUAGCAUUCUUCCAGAGAUGCAGUUGCUUACCUUGAAGUUUCCAGUUUUGCAAGAGAAAAUUGAUUUGCCAGAUAAUCUUUAUUGAGUAUCAGCUGACAUCUCUUAAAUCCAUGGAUGCAUCAUCUUUAUAAACUCUGUAUUGAUUUGUAUUUCAGAGGGUUUCUUCUUAGUUCUUACACUUUUUGCUGAAGCCAACUCAACAAUUUCCUUAUUAUUUCUAUUCUAACAAACAUAUUCUGUUCUAACAAACAUUAGGGAGACUUGAUCUUUGACCUGGUACUGUCUAUCUGUCAUUUUACUAAGGUACCUUAAUGCUUUAUGGUAAAAUUUUCCAAAAUUGUUUUUAAGUGAUAAAAUUGGAAAUAAGUUAAAAAAAAAACCAAUGUGGAAAAUUAGGGUUUUGAAAGAAACAAUGCCAAAAGUCAUAAAUAUAUUCAGGGAUUCUGGGUUUGCAAAUGUAUAUAUUGAUAUGCAGUGUUAUAUAAAUAUUGAGAGUCUCUGUCCUAAUCAGACUUUAACUGAAAUUUUGUCUUAAUUUUUUUAAGAUACCUGAGAACAAAAUAGUGCCUGUACAUAAUGAAAACAAGCAACAUUUUCUACAAUUCAUGUUUACUUGAUACAGAUUGAGGAAGAGCCAAGCAAAUCCUGGUAGCGUGACUACCACUGUUUUAUUGUAGUUCAUGUAAAGUAGAGAAAAGCUGCUAGUAAUGCAUUGCUGAGAGGUUGCUGUUCCUGGAAGUAUUUGCACACAUCCUCUAAAAACUGCCAAAAUAAUUAGGUAAUGAAAUACAGCUUCAGUUCCCCAGACUCUUAAACUCAUCCACACCCCCUCUGGUAUCUUGUUUGGAAUAUGGUUUAGUACAUGAGAGUAUUGCUUCCAUCCACCUUUGGGAAUUGAUUCGAGGACUGGAGGCAUGCUUUUAGUGUCCAUAUUGAAAUAGUAUGUCAAAUUCAGGAAGGAAGGAAGUGCUAGUUGGAAAUAAAUGCAUCCUUGAUCUGCUCUGCAUAUGGAUGGACUUGGACAAAUAUAAUUCAUGUUGCAUUGAAUUGAAGGUUAAUCUUUUAAUAUAAAUACUAUUUGGCGACACCAAAGCCAGGUUUGAGUGAGAUGCAGGGCAGAUUUGCUUGCAGCAGGGUGAAUCUGCAGUCUGAUAAAGCAGAGUGAGUGCUCUAGCAUAUAUAUAUAUAUAUAUAAAGAAUUUUUAGAAUGAUGUUUUUAAAGCAAAAAGUUGAUUUCUUCUCCUAGCCUCAUUUUUUACCCACUAGAGUGUCAUAGACAGUGAUCCAAUGAGAACCUAAAGUCAAAGAAAUGUUUCAUGGUAUUCAUGUAGAUUAAAUGUAAGAGACAUCACAAAGCCAAAAAGUAGCCACGCUGCAAAAGUUCAUUAGGCUUAAGAACUGGCACCUGGGCCAUAAGGUUGGAAAAACAAAAUCCCAGUAUUUACUACUCUUCCUGCCAGUCUCAGCCUAAACCAGAAUCUUUCUCAAGUAUCAAUAAAAACUACUUUUGUGUUGUUCAUAACCUACUGUCUGUGUAGAUCAGUGUUUUCAGCUUGUCAUCUGUCAUCAUGUGUAUAUUCAGCAAGCAUUCAAUUUGUUCAGAUUGUUGCCUUUAAACACCGAUUUUCUGUGCUUUAGUGAUUGUUGGAUGGUUGGAAACCAACUUUUUAUAUCAGUAGUUAGGUUCUUACCUAUAUAUAUAUAUUUAUAUAUGCUAGCUAGCAUUUGAUGUUUUGGUCAAAAGAUGUGGGAGGGUUGGAGUUUUUUUCCCUUGGGAAAUGUCACCAAACCAAAUCCAAAGAAUGUUUUGACAUCCUAUCCUAAGGCUGGCUACAUCCUACUCAAACCUAACAGCAGAUGUUUUGCAUUACAGAGCCCAGGUUGUUCUAAAGUGUGUGUUCCUCCCAGGCCCCAUGGGGAUUUGGAGCAAUAACUUCUAUUGUCUGUUGACACGAAUUUUGUCUGUAUCUGUGAUACAUCUUCAGACUGGAACUGUGUUCAAAACUGAUCAGUAAUUGGGUUUGAUAGAGUACCUGGUUUUGCAUGUAAAAUACUGACAAUAUAACCCCUGUGUCCAUCUGUGGCCCAAUGAAAUGUGUAAGUUAAGGUUGAGAACUACUUGUGUAGACUGCAGAGGUAUUUAAACUAAAUAAUUUUGAUUGUGUGCACCAGUCCUCAUCCUAAUAAAAAUGGGUUUUGUAGCAGUUUAAGAAGCUUUUAACUUGAUAUUGUAUUCACACUUGCAGUCCUUUGUAAGCACAGAAUGGUUAAUAUAUUUUGAAAUAAAAUGCCAUUAUCAUAAAGAGA